AUGAAGACAGAUCAAUGGAUGCUGAGCAAUUCGAGCCACAUUCUGUCAGAUGAAGAUAUCUGUGAUGAUCUCGAAGGUUCUACCUACGCUGAAGGCCCUAAAAAAGAAGGAAUAAAAGAUGUGUUGAAUGCCACUUUUGAUGAUCUGUGCGAUGCCAGUCCUGAACUGUUUAAGAUUUCUGAAAUAGCUAAGUCUAACAAAAAAAUUAGAUCAAAAAUUCUUUGCGAACACCUUUGCUGA